GCUGCCCGACGGUUCGACGCUACGACUGUAGGCAAGGUUUCGAUCUUACCUCGGGAUGGCUUCGCUCGGUGAGCUCGCCUGCACCUACGCCGCUCUCGUCCUGCACGAUGAUGGAAUUUCGAUCACAUCGGAGAAGAUUUCAACCCUGGUGAAGGCUGCCAAUUUGACCAUCGACUCCUUCUGGGCGUCUCUCUUUGCCAAGCUACUCGAGAAGAGGAGCGUGGACGAUCUCAUCUUGAGUUUGGGAUCGGGCGGAGGUGCUGCAUCGCUUGCGAUCUCUGCCGCCCCUGCUGCGGCCGGUGGUGCUGCGCCCGCCGCCGCCGCUGCAGCUGAGGAGAAAAAGGAGGAACCCAAGGAAGAGAGCGACGAGGACAUGGGUUUCAGUUUGUUCGAUUAGAGAGAGAGCGUAGAUAGAUCAAUCAUGAGUCUUUUACAGGUUAUUUGCUAUCGAUUUUGAAACUUUAUUGUUCAAUAUUGACAUUUUCCUUUCAUCCAUUAAUGAGAUUGAUUUGAUUUUGUCAUCGAUGUUUAACAUUUAUAGCUGUUGCUCAUUGCUUCUCUUGAUCUUUUUGAUGUGAAAUAUGUGCCAGAUAUAGCUUAGUUUGAUUCAUGAAAGCUAUGUUUUUACUAAUAUAUUUGUCUUCAGCAUUUCUUACUGAAGUGUGUUCCUUGAAAUGAGAUCUAUCCACAAAUUGAAUUAGUUCUCCAUUUGUUUUUAUUUGGUAGCAAUCCAUUUAGAUAAUGAUGUGAAUAAGCUGUCCUUUUUCAUUGUUCAUCAACUAUCCUCGUUCCAUUUUAUCCAUGGGAAAGCUGUGUAAUCAUGGUCAAUUUAUUUUCAUGAAUCAAACACAAACAUUUUCCUUGAAACGAUAAUAGAUGCAGCAAAAUGUCACCUCAUGUAGAAGAUGUGUGUGAGUAUUUGGAUAGUGAACAAUUAAGGAUCUACAGCAAAAUUUCACCUCAAGCAGAUGAAGAACAUACCAU